AUGACAAAACAACAUGUUACCGUAUUUCUUAAUUUCGACGUGGAGCGCAUGCGUAAGAUAAUCUCUCUUUUUGGGGUUACCGACGAACAGUCAACACGUGACAAGAAUUUAAAGAUGGCAGAUACGGACCAUUUAGAUGAUGAUUUUGCGAGUGUUGAUGCUGGUGCAUCCAAAACUAUACCUUGUCAGUGCUCAAGUCUUCGCAAAAAUGGAUAUGUCUGCAUUAAAAGCCGCCCAUGCAAAAUUGUUGAAAUGUCAACAUCCAAGACUGGAAAGCACGGUCAUGCCAAGGUCCACUUGGUUGGAAUUGAUAUUUUCACUGGUAAGAAGUAUGAAGAUAUAUGCCCCUCCACCCAUAACAUGAAUGUUCCUCUUGUUGACCGUAGAGAUUUCCAGCUUAUUGAUGUUCUGGAUGAUGGUACCAUCUCUGUCAUGGAUGACAACGGUGAUACCAGAGAGGAUUUGAACCUCCCCCCUGGAGAUUUGGGCAAGGAUAUCAAGGACCGAUUUGAAAAAGGAGAAACCAUCGCUGUGACUGUUUUAAAUUCCAUGGGUGAGGAACAAAUCACUGGUGUUAAAAACCUGUCCUAAGAAGGAUAUUCAAAGAAAUAGCUAACACAAGAACUUUAAAACAAAAGAAAUUUAUUUAAAAUUUGUCAUCAGUAAUGGCUAGGUACCAUCAAACCCCAUAAUGAUUAGAGAACUGGUGGAGAUUACAGGGGGAGAGGAGGAGUUGCCCUUAUUAACAUCUAUGCUUCUGUUCUUGGAGACACUUCUGAAAAUAUAUUGGUGUUUCCUCUGCUGAAUUUGAGAAGUUGAUCAAGGAUUCAAGAUCUUCUGUGUUUCAGAGACAUGACUUCAAGCAAGAUAAAAAUUGUAUCGAAAAUAAAUGUAUUUAGGUUUUAAUCAUUUAUUUGACCCUAAUUAAGAUUUUAAAGAUACAUUUGAAGUGUAUAUAUUGGGGUUGUAAUUUUGACUAAUGUUGAUAAACAUUUCUUUAUUUGUGUACAUGUGUGAGUAUCUAGCCAUGAAUACAUCCAAGUGCUAUUUAGUUUUGUUAUUCUUUAUUAUUUUGUAAUUUACUGCUAUUUAAAAUGUAUCAUUGGGGACAGUAUUGCAUACUCCAAUUUGUUAUUCAACAAUGAAUAGUCUUAUACCUGUAUUAUUUUUAAUUCAUAGGCAGAAUAGCUUUUUUGUGAUGGUAUUAAAUUUCUAUCAAUUUAAGAAUGAUUUUCAGAAAACCCAUGUAAUGUGCUUAAGUAUCAAUUUUCUUCUUGAACCAUACACAUAAGUAAAACUGUUUUUGCAAUAAAUUCUUUCCUGUUACUAGAA